AUGUUUUAUAGACUGAUUUAUAUUACAAUUCUGAUAAUAGGAUUGAUUGAAUGUGUCUUCGGAAUUAAUUAUGUCGAUGUCAAGAAUUAUAAUAUAUCUCGUGGAGUUAAUGUGUUUCAUGGGAGAUUUGGCACAGAUGACAAAUAUUUUAUGUUUGUUGGUGAUUUGGAACCAAUUACUCAAUUAAGAUUCGGAAAUGAAUUGAUAUUUCCAAAUGAUACAGGUUCAAAUAAUUAUAACCUAUUUGUUGAAAUGUUCAUAAAAAAUAACAUUAAGCUGGUAUCAUUUUAUGUCCACACAUUUCAUAAAGGAUUAUUGAAAGAAGUAAAAAGAAAAGUCAUAAAAUUAUAUUCCGAUACAUACAGUUAUAUAAGUAAUGAAGAAUUUAUGUUCAAUAUCGAUAAACCAAUUUUAGUAUCAAUUGAUAUAGGACCAAGACCCAAACAUCCAUUUAUAACCAGGUUUAUUUCUGAACAUGAUAAAUCUUGUGUGAAAAAGUACUACAUUGUUAAUAAAUACCAUGCUUUUAAAUUUGAUGGAAAAUCAAGCCCACGAUAUAAAUUUGGAUAUGUUUAUGAUUUGGAUCAUCCUGUUGUUGUAGGUUAUACAAAACGUCCAUAUUUGAUUGAAAAGUGUGUGAUGAUAGAAAUUUCCAAAAAUUUUAGAUUUAACUGUUUAUUUCAACUAUUUUAUAAAUAUACCACGAUUAUUCUACACGAUGUAAAUGAACAAAGGUAUGAAUUAAGGCCUAUAUUAGGUAAAAAACACUGGUUUUUAAAAUAUUAUACGGAUGAAAUGAUAUCAAAUGAACUAAAUUUGAAUGCAAUAAAGUUAUACAAAUCAUAUACUCAUGAUAAAGGAAUGCCCUUGAUUACAUUAGACAUAUCAGGGAUUUCUAGUCCUGAAAUUUUUGGAAUAGAAAAAAUAACAGGAUCGAUGGCUAAUAAUUGGACUUAUAUAUUAUAUAGGUUGAAGAAUGAGUACCAAAAUCAUUAUAAAAUCCGAAUGGUUAUUGAUCCCACAAUCGAAAGAAGAAACAUUUAUAUUCAAAGAAAGAAAUAUAUUAAUUAUAAUUUAGAGGUGUACGUGAAUAAUGAAGAAAUAUAUGUGUGUAAUCGUUAUGAUGUAAAAUUAGAAAAUAUGAUAAUCAAAGAAACAAAAUUAUUGAAUAAAAAAAGUGGAAAAGAAAAAUACAAAAACUUAAAUACAAGUGGUUACAAAAAAAUAUUUAAAAAUAUAGAAGAAUGGCUUCCGAUAAAACUAGAUGUUACAGUAGAUGAAGAACAACCAUCUUUAUUUGAGAAGAAGGAAAUAUCAAACAAAGAAUUGACAAUAUAUCAUUUUUCAAUCAAUGAAACUAAUGAUUUCGGAGAAUCCAUAUUGAAUAAAUAUGUGUUUGGGCGAGUUUAUCAAACAACAAGUUUUCAAUUUGGUAACAUACCACAGGAACCUUUUAGAAAACACAGGGUGAUGAUUGUUGGAGACAUAAAUACGAAUAAAUUUAUAGUAAGGAACAAAUCUACACUUGAUAAUUUGAACACACCACAAUAUCAGUUGUUCCGACUAAGAAUAUAAUAAUAAUAAUUACACACUAAUAAUAUUUGUUAUUUUAUAGUUAGUGUAAUAUAUAAUAUCUGUGUUUGAAUUAUUGUACAAUCUGAGUAUAGGGAAUCCUUGAGUGUAUGUUGUAACUGCAGUUUUUUAUAAUUUAUUACAUAUUUGAAAGGAAUCAUUUCUCAAUUCUCCAAAAUCGAAUUAUAUGAACUUAGACUCAAAAUGUAUGGUAUCGAUACAAUGAGAUGGAGUAGAAUACAACACAUGGAGAUAUCAGAUUUAGGCAGAAAUCACACAAUACCUGAGAUUUCUGAUUAAGACAUAAAUAUUACAAUGAAGUGAGAUCUACAAAUCUAAAUAAUGGAAAGACCAAUUUUAGCCAUUGUUUUUGAAACCAAAAUACUCAACUUUUAUUUUAUUACACGCAACCUAUUUACAAACUUAUAUAUAUUCACCAUCUCUUGAUUUAAAAAUCUUAUUUUACUUAGAAAUUUUCCAUGAUUAAUUUUAUAUCUUAAAGGUGGCGAUAGUAGUCAUGAAUCUAAAUAUCUGAUGGGUGUAACAUUGUCUCACUAGAUAGACUCAAUAAUUAAAGAGCGCAAAGCACACAAGUGAUAGCAUGUCAGAAAAUAAUAUUAAAUAUAUCAACAAUAUGAGUAGGAUGUGGAUUGUCAAAAUGAAUAAGGGGAACAAAAGAAUAUAGAAGGGGUACAGAUGGCCGUUGUUUAAUUAUUUGUAAUCAUAAGCAUAACCAAAAUAAAAAAGGGUGCAUAAAUAAUCUAACAUUAAUAUAAAAAAGAUUUAUCAAGAUUUUAAAUGAUUUUAAACGAUAAAAUUGUUUUGUACUUACUUUUGUUCUGCACAUAAUAUAUUGUUG